CGGGUUUCCUACGUGGUAUGUCUUCUAGACUAUCACAGCCUCGUCCCGCAUCACUUUCCUAUUUCCAUCCCCUCCCUCGCCCAGGUUCCGCGAAACACUCCCAUGCGGGAACAACGCAUUUCAGCUACCGUCGCCACGCGCCGAGCGACAGCCGCCAGCAAGCGCAUGGCCCUGCCGACUCUGCGCCGCCCAGUGCGCUCACAUUCCCACAUCCUUCGCAGUCGGCCAGACUUCACCCUAGUCCGCCCACUCUAGGCUGGCCUGCUCCUGUUGUGGGCCUCGGCUGCACUUAGAGCCGGCGGAAGGGGGGACCUGGCAGAGUUAGAUGAUCUCUGCCGGUACGCAAAGGAGAUGAACUGCAUCUGAACGCAGCUGUGCAGCGUGAAGACGUGCUAUCCCCAGUAGGCUGGUUAAUUGCCAUCAAUGGAUAAUAUAAACCAGAAUCGAUUCCACCCGUUUGUUUGCCUUGGCAUUCUCCGGCCUUAUCUACCCACCGUUCACGCCCUUUUUUUGUUUUUUGUUUUUUGCCCUCGGGUCUUGGUCUCAUCAUCGGUCGCGAUAUAUUCUCGCUCGUCGACAGAAGAAUCUCCGUCGUCACAGUCACUUCCACUGACUGCCCAGUCAAAUCAUCGUCGCCCCCGCCACCGCCACCGACAAGAUGCAGUUCUCCGUCUCCAAGAUCGCCGUGGCGCUCCUCUUUGUUUCCUUCGCGUGAGUCCACUGUCUCCCCGACCCCAUCUCUCCAGAGAACUAACACCGCCCGCCAGUUCCGCGAAUCUUCAUGAGAGCUGCGCAUGUCACAACAGCAAAAUCUAUAACUGGCGCAUCACCACCAAGGCUUGCACGCUCUACGCCUCCAAGAACUACGAGUGGGGAUCGGCUUCGUACAAUGCUACCAGCGGACGAUGCGUGGCAAGCGGUGAAGGUGUCGCCGGCGACCAGUGGGAGGACGCCUGCCGCGAGAUCGCAAAGUCGGGCUUCGACUGCGUCGACGGCAGGGGCCAUUGCACGGCGAACCCGGACGACGUCCGCGGCUCGUGCUAAGCCAAGCCUUGCCAAGUGGAAAUGGCCUGAGCCGAGGAGGGGGGGAUCUCUCGCUCCCCCAAGCCUGGCCAGCACUCACCUCACCCACCCCCCUUUAGCCUCUCUUGCUAGUCAGGCAUGCCUGUUCAUAAGGCUGGACCCCUGGCUAUGCACCCUUGACACCACCAUUCAUCCUGGGCCGCUCAUCAGAUAACGACAGGCCAUCCUUGGCACAGAGGCAGGGGAGAGAGACCCUGUUUGCGCCGAGUGUCUUGUCCCUUCUCAGGGGAUCUAUCAUGACGGAACUGUCCGCCAUAUCAUUUUACAAACAUGUCAGCGUUGUUAGUGUUUUAAGUCUAUACCCAGAAGAUACCGUACUCAUGUAGGAGG